AUGUACGCGAUAUUCCAUCAAAUUGAUCGAGAAAAGAAAGUUCAAGAAGAAAAAGAGAACGAACAAAAUGUCCUCAUCGAAGAGCUAAAGCAACUGGAGGCAAAGUACAAUGGUUUGCUGAGGCGGGACAGCUUUUCUACGAUUACGACACAAGACACAGGGAUUCUGAUAGAAACAACAACGCAGGAUCGAAAGCAGUUGUUGCCGAUCAUAUGGGGAAAGAAUGGAAAACUACCAAUCGAAAUUUCGGUUCCUGAGACGCGGCUGGACAAAAAUUUGCUGGGCAGUUAUGAUUACAAUGUAGAAGCGGAUGGUCAAGCAUAUAGACCGCCCCCCGAAGGAAAAGAUGACGAUGCACUGCAUAUUCUGCAAAAUUCACUCUUUGUAGAUGAUGAUGAAGAGCUUGCCCUUAUCUUUGAUGACAACAAUGAGGACGAGAUGAAUGUCCAAAGAACAAAGGGGAAUCGUGCACCUCUGGAGGUGAGCUUAGCGUCGUCCUCGGAAAAUUCACUCUUUGUAGAUGAUGAUGAAGAGCUUGCCCUUAUCUUUGAUGACAAUCAUGAGGACGAGAUGAAUGUCCAAAGAACAAAGGGGAAUCGUGCAUCUCUAGAGGUGAGCUUGGCGUCUUCUUCGGAAAGCAGUAACUCGUCGUUUUCGGAGAGCAACGAGUCGUCGCUGUAUACAUCGACUACCAGUUGCGACUCGGAGGACCUGCUUCGAUUCGAGAGAGAGCGAUUUACACGAUUUGAAAUAUGA